CAAUAUAUAUACAACUCCAACAUUAUUCUAUUUCUAACCAUAUUUUUUGGCACAUAUAACUUCCAAAAAAUAUAAGCCAUGAAACCUUGUUAUUAUUUCUUCCUUUCUUUCUUUACCUUACUAAUAAUCCUCACUUCCUACCCAAAACCAUCAUUCUCCACCCAAGAACUCACCCCACUAAACCCUAACUACAACUUCCCACAAGUGUACAACCUCUCCAAGCAACUAUGUUGGGGCUGCCUCGGCGAAGCCCUAGAGUUCCUAGCGUACCAAAACCUCGUACGAGCCAAAAAGUUUGAGUUCCCCCUUGUUUGGGACACUAAACUUGAGAAGUACGCCAAGUGGUGGGCAGGGCAAAGGUACCAAGAUUGUAAGUUACAGCAUUCGUUCCCUGAGGGCGGGUUUACCUUAGGGGAGAACAUAUUUUGGGGGAGUGGAUCACAAUGGAGGGCUAGGGAUGCUGUUCAAGAUUGGGCUGAUGAGGAGAAAUAUUAUGAUUAUGGUUCAAAUACUUGUGUUGAGGGCCAAAUGUGUGGACAUUAUACACAAAUUGUUUGGAGUAAAACAAGGAGUGUUGGAUGUGCUAGGAGCGUUUGUGAAAAUGGGGACGUGUUUAUGACUUGUAAUUAUUAUCCUCCUGGAAAUUAUGUGGGUGAACGACCUUAUUAACUCGGGUUUAGCUUUGAUUUUAUUUGGGUUUCAAGAAAUUAUAAACCCAAAUAGUCAAAUAUAUAAGCAAAGGGCAUAUAUAUUUGAAUAUAUAGCAAUUAUAUGUACUACGUAUAUUGUACUAUUACAUGUCAAACUCAUUAAAGUCAUAAUAUAUGUGUUGGAUUGAAAUGUGUUGUAUGCUAGCUUAUUGUGUUUAUAGUGAUCAAUGAACACCCUUAUCUAUACGCUA